AUGACUCGGAGUGGCCGUGUAUUCGCUCCUAAAUACAUUCCUAGGGUGUCUCCAGCACCCACAGUUAUCCCGCCUAAGGAGAAGGUCAUUCCUACUCCGACUCCGCAGGCAGGGGCAAUUGUACAUGCCACUCCGAACGUGACGACUGCUCCGGUGUUGACGAAAGUUAUUGAUAGUAAGGAUGCCGAAUCUGAAACGUCUAAGGGCAAAGGGUCGAUGGUUGAGAAAGAACAGGCUCAUCGCAAGGCAUUGCUGAAAGUUCUAAAUGUUGCUUACGUGAUGCAAGAUAUCACAGUUGAUCAAUUUGACGACGUGGUUGCUAAUAUCACCGCCAGUAGGUAUCUGGGAUUUAAUGAAGCAGAGCUACCUUCUGAGGGAAAUGCCCACAAUAAAGUACUACACAUUUCGGUCACAUGCACUAAGUCUUUCCUAUCUCGAGUCCUCGUUGACAUUGGUUCUUCGCUUAAUGUAUUGCCAAAAUCUACAUUAAGCCAAUUGCAGUUUAAGGGGCCCGAGAUGAGGACCAAUGCGUUGAUCAUUCGAGCUUUCGAUGGUUCCCAAAGGCAGGUAAUUGGGGAGGUCGAUUUUCCUAUCUGUGUUGGACCCCACCAGUUCAGCAUCAUAUUCCAAGUCAUGGAUAUCAACCCAGCUUACAACUAUUUGUUGGGCAGACCGUGGAUUCACGUCGCUGGGGCAGUCACUUCUACGUUGCACCAAAGGCUGAAGUACUUGAUAGAUGACAAACUGGUGAUUGUUUGUGGUGAAGAAGAUUUGUUGGUCAAUGAACUCUCCUCCUUCCGAUAUUUUGAAACAAAUGAAGGGAUCGUCGAAGUUCCGCUCCAUUGUUUAGAGUUUGAAGAAGUCAGUUCCGUUAUGGCCAAUCACAACCAAUCUUCCGCUACCAUCCUAUCCUCAGCAAAAAGUGCCAAGCAGACAUUGGAGAAAGGCCCACUUCCUAGUUGGGGUAAGGUCGUCAAUAUGGCAGAGAAGCGUGACAGGUUUGGUAUCGUUUAUCACCCAGCAGCACGCAAGGCAAGCCCAAAGAAAAAGCAGUUCAACCCGGUCAAGUUCAGCAGCGCCGACUAUCAAAAUGAGCAUAUUGUGGCAGUUAUUGGAGAGUCCAGUGGCAACAAACCAGGGGCAUCCAGCUUCAUUCGCAGAUGUCCUCCAGGGUUCAAGCUUCCCAAUUGGAUGGCCAUCAUGAUUCCCAUGGUGUACUCGGAAAAAACAUAA